CGGGUCCUGCCAGCCCAGAAACGAAAAAUCGCCGUUCUUCGUAUUUGAUGUUCAUAUGUGGUUUUCGGUUUGUGCACCGUUUGUCUAGCGGCGUUGAUGCCAGACCCGGCCGGAACUGCCUCUCGUCUGUAUUCGCUAAUGGGAGUUCAGUAGCUAGCUAACUUGACGGUGAUGAUGAUGAUGAUGAUGCAUCAGUGGAAUUAUCCCGGUGUCUCUGACUGAGAUGGAGCCAGCGACGCUCAAGUGGAGUCGCCUGCUAGCUAGCUAGCGAGCUAACGGUGCCCACGGGGAUUUACCGUGCCCGAGCAGCACUGGAUAACGUUAGCUAAAUGGGUGCAACUGCAGUUUUAUCGCGCGGGGUUUGUUGUAACGUUAUCAGACGUUUCCACCACUGUCCCCAGAUUUGAGAGAGACUGGCCAUGCCAACUAGCAAAAAAUGCUAACUUAACCGUUUAGGUUAGCUCCACUUGACACAAUUGAUUUCGCUCCAACAUUUAGCUACAUCUCUGGCCGUCCUUGGAUGCUUCAGCGACAUUAAUUGGACGGUGUGUAUCAGGAUGGCACAGCUCUUGGACGGGGCCGGCAAACUGGGCUGGGUUCUGCUCAAGGCUGUGCUCCGUUUUGUGUUCAUGUUCCUCAACAACUGUGUAGCCAUCCCAUCCUACUGCUUAUACCUGCUGCUUCUGCAGCCGCUGAGAAUAUGGGACAGCUCCACGUUCUGGCACAUUGAAGGAGUCAUGUUCAAAUGGUUGCUGGCCAUGGUGUCUUCGUGGGGCUGGAUCACAGGUUACACAGUAACGGAGUGGGGCGACGACGUGCGGCCCAUCUCUGAAGAGGAAGCCAUGGUCAUCGUCAACCACCAAUCCACAGGAGAUGUGUGCACCCUCAUGAUGUGCCUGCAAGACAAGGGCACGGUGGUACGAAAAAUGAUGUGGUUGAUGGACCAUGUGUUCAAAUACACCAACUUUGGCCUAGUGUCCCUGAUCCAUGGGGACUUCUUCAUCAGACAGGGUAAAGCUCACCGAGACAAGCAACUGGUCUACCUAAAAGAUCACCUAGACAAAUACUACCACAGCCGCGACAGGAAGUGGAUAGUGCUGUUCCCUGAGGGCGGCUUCCUGCGCAAGCGACGGGAAACCAGCCAGUUGUUUGCCAAGAAGAACUCUCUCCCCCACCUGACCCACGUCACGUUGCCUCGUCUCGGGGCCACCCACGUUAUCCUGAAAACCCUGUCAGCUCAGCAGGAGAAUGGCAGCGUGGGCAGUGAGACUGGGACCCCUAAUCAGACAGUUAAUAAACGUAAAGGCCUGCAGUGGGUAAUAGAUGUGACCAUAGCUUACCCCAAAGCAAGGCCCAUGGACAUCCAGACCUGGAUCUUUGGCUACAGGCCUCCUACAGUCACACAUGUACACUACAGGAUGUACCCAAUAAAAGAGGUUCCUGUGGAGGCAGAGGCCCUGACUGACUGGCUGUAUCAGAGGUUUGUGGAGAAAGAAGAGCUGCUGGCCCACUUCUAUGACACAGGAUCAUUCCCCCUUGAAGAAGGACAGAAGGAGGCAGUCUCCCGGCAGAUGACCCUCGACCCCGUGUGGCUGUGUAUUAUCCAGUCGUUUGCGUUCGCCUCCGGCUUCGUGUGGUACAGCGUCCUCCAGUACCUCUACUGCUGUUUAUUUUGAGUGCGCUGAUGAGCCGAGAGUCUUUAUCGGACCACUGGAAAAGCCUCAGGAUCAGUUGGUGUGUGGCCCAGCGUCAUACUUGCCCCCUACGAUGGAUGAAUGUACAUUUUCACCAGUGGAGAGACUUGACAGGAAACAAAACACAUAGGAAGUACGCAAACACUCAGAUUACAAAUACCCAUACAAGACGAAACUGGUCACAGGCGUAGUUAACUUUUACACAACCCUAACACCACACACUCGCUCCAGCGGCCUAGCAGAAUAAUCUCUCGCACUCGUCACGACUCACAUUUCGAUGUUUACACGUCCUCAUACACGUAGACGCUCACACGUACAUAACUUUUUAUUCGAAGUUAACGAACCGAGGCUCAGGACUCCUCCAGAAGAUGCUCUGGACCGGACUCUCUCUCUCCUCCUAGGCUUUAGCCGUAGUAGUUUUACAGAGUAUAAAGUAUGUAUGGACGUGUGCGUGAGUGAAUAUAUGUGACUAGAAGCAUAAUGUCUGCCCUUAUUCUUCUUCCUGGCGAGAGUUGAUGAAGCCCACUGGACCUCUCUUUCAGCCCGCCGACUAGCCGGCUGGCCACACCUUCCAGAGCGAGCGGCGGUAUGAACGUUGAGGCCGCACAGCUCCUCUGGCCUUCAUUGCACUAAGGAUCCAUACUGCCCUAACUGCUCCCUGUCCCAGGAAAUACUCCUGAGUGGUAGCUGUCAAUGUUUUAUUUUCUUUCGUUCUCUCCCCCUAACCCGCAUAUCUCCACAACAACGGCCAUUGUAUUUGUUGUUGACGUCUUUUUUGUUGACUUUUUUUUUUUUCCCUUCCCUGUUUCCGCCUGUCUGUCGAGGCAGUAUUCUGAGCUCACUGAGAAAGGGGGAUCAUGUUUACACUGGCGGCCCUGCUGAAAGCCUAAAGGGAUGGCGGCUGACGAUGCGGCACUCGAUUAAGGAUCGUUUGCGGCAGACGUUGAAGGGAGGAAGAGGAGACGGUGCUGUUGUGCUAAUUUAAAAAGAAAAAAAAAGGAAAAAAAAAAACAGUGGUGCCAUGCAGGGCAAGAAUUGCAGUCUGAUCAGCUAAAGAGUUACUCCCUCUUUGUGGAUUCCCCUUCGUCACCCUCUGCUCUCCAACACACACACACACACACACACACACACACACACACACACACACACACAAAUACUCGUGCACACAGAGCCAUGUGCAGCUACACACAGCAGAGUAGACGUCUGUCUCCAAGGAUCAUCUCAGCAAGCCAGACUGAGAAGGCAGAGACUCUUAUUCCCCCAUUGGACUACAUAGUUUUACAAAUAUUUAAGCCAUAUGCUUAGUGUCGUCGGGGUGGGAAAAGACAUGGGGAAAAAAUAUGAUUUUUAUAGAACGCUACCCUAAUGUUCAGCAUUCUAAAAUAGAGAUUUUGGCUUACAGAACUAUAGGUGUCAUUACUGUAAAUUUACAGCAUAACCUGCCUAAGUGAGUGUGUGUGGUUGUCUUUUUCCCCCCCAUUUUUGAUAUCUAUGAUUCAUGUCGUGUUGCUCUGUGACGUCAGAGUGCGACGGCGGUCUCACCACGAGUGGUCAAAUUUGAUUUCAUUUUAAAGUUCAUGUACUGUCGUCCUCAUGUCAUGGUAUGUUUAAAUCUUGUACAUAACGAAGCUGAGGAAGAGUUUUCACUGUUGGAAAUGACUGAAGCGUUUCUCUUUUGGUCCGUGAUAAUUUCUGACAAUUUUAGCUUAAAGUAUCAUGAAUGUUUUUUUUUUGUUUGUUUGGGUUUUUUUUUUUUUAAUAAGGUGAAAGCAAGGAUUUUCCCUUCAUUUCUCAGUGUUACCUUUUUUUUCCAGGAAGUUGGUGUGCUUCAAGACAUUAGAGCUACUGUACAUCCGUGUGCUGGCUGACACAAAGUCGGCAACACACAGUCCAGUUUCAAACUAGUACCAUUGUACACAAUGAUCAGGAUUUUGUGGAAAGCCUCGACUAUCAAGCCUUACCUGAUGUCCUGGUCGACCACACUCCAAAAUAAUGCCGUUUCCUCGCACUCCCUCUUGACGAAACAUUCGGGCUGUUUGUUGUGCUGAUGGUUUCAUGGUGUCGAGCUCAAACUUGGCCCGUGAGGAAGGGGAUCGCUCUUCACUUGCGAGGGAAACUCUGGCAGGGCCCUGCAUAGAUGCAGCUGUUUUCUCUCAAAUGUACUUGUGUUGUGGUUUUGAGGUCAAUUAUAUGUAAUUUGCUUAGCCUGCUUUAAUUAGGAAAAUUAUAGAGGAGCAGCAAUUAUCAUUGUCAUAAACGAAUGCAUAAAGGGUGAAUUUUAGUAGUGAUCUGCCCUCCCUGUGUGCCACUGUUGGUAGAAACUGUGUGUGAAAUGCAAAAAAAAAAAGGGCUACCUGACUGGGUAGGUAAAACAUUUAAAAUCAGGCUGUAAAUGUGAUUCAUCCAGCGGCCCUUUCAGAUUCCCCUCCAUCGUGAGAGUGACUUGAAAUAAAGCUUCAUCUUUUUUUUUUUUAACCUUUUACCCUUUUUUUUAAUUUUCUGACCAUGUUUCCAAAGAAGGCAGGGAAAUAAUGUUUUCCUAGAUGUGGUUUUAGGAAAUAAACACAAUAGGGAUUUAAACAAAUUAUACUAGAACUGUCUGUACUUUUCCAUUUUGUACUUCUCCUUUAAUUCCUAGCUACACAGCCAUUUUACUACACGAAAGACUUGUGCUGGAAUAAAACAUCAUAA